GAGAGAAAAUAAUGAUAACAAUAAAAGUUUAAUAGAAGAAAAAAAAGAAACUCUAGUAGAUUGGUUUUGCAUUUUCUUGUUGUUCCUGUGAUUAUGGAGAAUUAUGAUCAUUGUUCUUUAUUUCUAGACCCUUCACAAACACUGCCUCAUGUCUCAGAUUGUAAUUCUCUUCAUCAUCAAUUUGGUGGUGAGUUUCAUUCAUGGCCGGCACCGGUCGAAAUGGUGGCCGGAGACAGAGCUGCUAGUGCUUCCAAGAGCCACAGUCAGGCCGAGAAGCGGCGCAGGGACCGGAUCAAUGCACAGCUUACAAGUCUAAGGAAACUAAUUCCAAAAUCUGAUAAGAUGGACAAGGCAGCUUUACUAGGAAGUGUGAUAGAGCAAGUGAAGGAUCUAAAGAGAAAAGCAAUUGAAGUUAGCAAAGCCAUAACCGUUCCAACUGAAUCCGACGAAAUAACAAUCGAAUAUGAUCCGAGUGCGCGCGACGAGAGCCUAAAGAUGAAGAACAAAGUUGUGAUCAAGGCAUCUGUUUGCUGCGACGAUCGGCCGGAGCUGUUCUCGGAACUAAUCCAAGUCCUAAAAGGAUUAAGGCUGACGGCAGUUAGAGCUGACAUAGCAAGUGUUGGUGGAAGAAUGAAAGGCACAUUUUUGCUUUGUUCUAAGGAUAGUGAAAAGGAUGUUUGCCUUGGUACUCUCAAGCAUUCACUUAAAUCAGUUGUGACAAAAAUUGCUUCAUCUUCCAUUGCAACAAAUUGGCCUACUAGAAGUCCAUAUUGAAGACUGAAUGGUAAAACACAUUCCAAUAGUGGUGCUAUUUGUGUAGAUUACUUUUUGGAAUGGAUGGCACUUAAACCCAACUUACAAUACAGCAAACAAUCAUAAAAGAAGGGCCAAAUAUGUUGCAACUUUGUGACGAAUGAUCCAUUUGGGUAAAAGUAAAAUUAGAAGAAAAAGUGGUUCAUUUUUUGUUGAUACCAAAACAUUUUCAUCAAAUAAGUGAUGUCAAAUAAUGAAACCAAAGACAAAAUGAAAAUGUGGAUUUAGUUAAGAAGAAAAGUAUAGCUCUUUAAAGCUACUAUGAGCUAUUACAAUAAUUCAAGAAAGAAGAAGAAAAAGUUUUUUUUUUUUUCAAAUCAAAAUAGAGAGUAAAGGAUGAAACUUGGAGGUAAAGUUGAUAUCAACGGUGCUGAUUCAAGUAGUACAAUUAAAGACAAAUGGUCUCCAACAAAAGAAAGAAAAAACAGCAAUAAAGACAGCAGAUCUAGUACUCUCUCCAAGCAUAAUUCUCUGCUGUAAUUACAUUGUCCAUCUGCAACCUCGCACCUCUACUACCUCUUCGAUUUUGCUCUGAUUUUAGGAGAAGAAGACAAGCUCAAUGUUGUCCUUGUGCUCAGACCUUGUUCUAAGGACCAUUUCAAGUUUUGGAAGCAUUCCCCUAUAUAAAAAGGAGUAAUCGGCCAAAGAGUUGAAGACAAGAGGGAGAAUUGAAAUUCUGGGUUUUUCAUAGCUUUCAAGCUAUUUUCAUCUUUUUCUUUAUGUUGUUACAUUGAAUAUUUUUCUUUCUUGAUUUAUCUUUCUUUGUUUUUCAUGGUAAAAAAUAUUAAGGCAUUUGAAAAAGUCAUAUGAGAGACAAGACAA